GAGGCACGAAAUGCUCUGGUCAUGGAUACUUGGAAGCUAUUGGCAGCUAUUCGAGGGCCCGUUGAUACGCUCUUCGAGCAUUUCGAGAACAUGUCGCAUACUGCCGCUUGCCGGACACUCCUCGAGAUGGAUGUCUUCGAUAAGCUUCCUCUGGACGGUUCGAGCAUCACAGCAACCGACCUAGCAGGUAGCCUAGGAGUCGACAAGCCACUCCUCAUCCGGCUCAUGAGAAUGGCUACCGUGAAGGGGCCAAUUGCUGAAGUUGGCCCGGAGAGUUACGCUCAUACGCCCUACUCUCAGAUGUACAUCGUUCCUGCAUUACGCGGGCUGGUGAAGCUGAUGCUAGACGAGUAUUGGCCUCCAAUGGCGAGAAUGUGUGAGUUCCUGAAAGAGGAUGGCUGGAAGAACCCAGAGUCGGAGACCCACAAUCCCUACACGUUCGCGCACCAAACGGGCGGGAAGUCGAUGUGGGAGCACAUCGAUCAGUAUCCAGAUCGGGCCCAGACAUUCAAUUUUGCCAUGCAGUCACAGACUCAGGCAGCCAUGCCGACGGUGGCUAUCUUCCCCUUCGAGGCGGAGCUUGGCAAGUUCGAGACCCAGGACGAUACGCCGCUGGUAGUGGACGUUGGAGGAGGAAAAGGCCAUACCACCUUCCGCAUCAAAGAGUUGUGCGGACCCAUCAAAGGACGAGUUAUCUUGCAAGAUCGGUCUGCUGUCAUUGAUGAUAUCAGCGAACCCUUGCUUGGUGUGGAGAAGAUGAAGUACGACUUCUUCACGCCGCAGCCAGUGAAAGGAGCUCUCAUAUACUACAUCCGUCGUUGUCUGCACGACUGGUCGGAUGAGGAUUGUGUCCGUAUUCUGAAGGUCGUCGCAGACGCCAUGGAGCCUGGAAAGUCAAGGCUGCUGAUUGCCGAGAUGUGUCUCCCGGAAGAAAAAGCUGACAUAGAAGCUGUUUGGUAUGAUAUGACCAUGAUGACUCUUAAUGGAAGGGAGAGAACCAAGGGCGACUGGACGAAGAUCCUCGAUGACGCGGGGUUCAACCUAAAGAAGGUGUAUACGGCCACAGGAUCAAACUAUGGCGUCGUUGAGGCCUACCUCAAGUAGUAGCUUCUUCUAUGCUCACGAUGUAUCAGUAGUUGCGAAAGGUAUGUAG